AUGAAGUUCAAGAAGUAUUCAAGAGAAAGUUUUGUGUACCGCAAGCAAGAAGGAGAAAAUCUUCUUAUUGUGGCUGUUUAUGUUGAUGAUCUCUUUGUAACAGGAAAUACAUUGGAAAACAUCAAAGAAUUCAAGGUUGGAAUGUCGUCAAAUUUCGAUAUGUCUGAUCUAGGAAGACUUACAUAUUACCUUGGGAUAGAAGUCAACCAAAACAAAGCAGGGAUCGAGAUUAAAAAAGAGGCAUAUGCGUGCCGAAUCCUAAAGGAGGCUGGCCUAGACUCGUGCAAUCCUACUCACAUACCAAUGGAGUUCGGCUUGAACAUGACUAAAGGUCAACAACGUAAACCAGACAUCGAUGCUACAAUGGAUCAAAGACAUAUCGACUGCUUAAGGUAUCUCUUGCAUACGAGACCUGAUCUCUCUUUUGCGGUUGGAGUUCUAAGUAGGUAUAUGCAAGCUCCUAAGGAAUCACAUGGUCGAGUGAUGAAACAAAUACUGAGGUAUAUACAAGGGACAUUGGCGUACAGUUUGAAGUUCAAGAAAGGAGGUUCUAAGAAACUUAUUGGCUACAGCGACAGCAGCCAUAAUGUAGACCCCGACGGCGGAAGAAGCACAACCGGGCAUGUUUUUUACUUUGGUGACACUCCGAUCAGCUGGUGCUCCCAAAAACAGGACAGAGUUCCAUUGUCCUCAUGCGAAGCCGAGUUCAUGGCUGCCACGGAAGCUGACAAACAAGCAAUUUUGGCUUCAAGACUUGUUGAGUGA